GUGCGGCAAAGAUGAAUUGAAGGCCGGUUGCUUAAGGAAGUGACAAACAAAAAACACAAGCAUGUUUGCAAGUGACAGAUCUGGGUAUCUGGAACCCCAAUGCACGCCUGCCUUGAACAUGAGUUUGAUAUACAUGCUUGACUAUCGGAGUAGUGAAGUGCCAAUCAACUCCUCGACAGGAUCCGGCGUUUAGAAACUGAAUCCCGGCAAUUUUGAGGGACUUUCAUAAGGGCAGAAUCUGUCGCAGGGGUUCCGAGAUGAAACUACCAAGCGUUUCGAGAUGCUUUCUCUUCUCGAGAUUAUAUUCCAUGAGCUUCUACGUUAUUUAAUAAUGCUGAUGCUAUCCGUUAUUUAAUAUUGUUGACGUUGAUACCUCAAUCUCUUCAGCCGUUACAUUGUGACCCAACGAAAACUUCAAAAAUUUCAUGUGUUAGAGACUGCAUGGAGACGGGAUCCGAGGAGUUCCCAAAUCGUUCAGAGCAUUGCCAUCACGUCCAGUCUCUGGAGGAACAAAGAGGUCAUCAGACCACAGCGACAAGUCAGAAGUCCACUGUACCACGAAUCAAUAGCUGCCGGACAUCGGACUCAAGGGACUACUACUACUAUUAUGAAUUGCAAAGUGAAUAGCCUUCUCCGAUGUAAACAUCUCUGAAUCUCCUUCUCCGAUGCCACAUAUCUCCAGUCGCUACUGGAGAUGUGUGGCAUCGGAGAAGGGGAUUCAGAGAUGUGACAUCAGCGAAUGGACUGCGAGCGCCAGGUUCAUGAACCUGGUCAUUUUCGAUCGGUAGGAAAGCAGCACAAAGCAGACAACGGCUCGCUUUUCCCCCUCCCCACGAUUCUCGAUCGUCGCCAGCGUGAGGUUCUGGAGCCGCGGGGGUCUUAUUCUGUGGGGCCCUCCGCCGACAUUUCGGAUCCAGCUCCAUUUCGGCUCGUCUCGAUACGUAGAAAAACAGGCGACGGAAAUGCUUCCGUACAUUUCGCUCUUUCGAGAUCGAGAUGCGCUACAGACAGAGAAAGUCGACGAGCCCGACACUUGUGCUCCUUUCGUUACAGCUAUUCCAUCCGUCCACCUGAUUCCAUCCAGCAGCUUUCAGUUCGACAUUUUAUUUUACUUUGUGUUCCACCAGAGCCAGUAAAGACAAUCCAGAACAGCCAACAUGUAGGUCUAAGCUAGAAGUUGUACUCCUCUAGAACUUUUUGUAUAACAUUGGGGUUAUAUUUCAUAUCGAAAUGCACAAUGACAGUUCAAUGUCAUUAAGAU